GUCUCCUUCAAACUCUCAUUCUCAUCCAACACUGCAGAUCAUCUCCAACCCCUCGUCCUGCUCCUGUGACAGAGAGAGAGAGACGCCAACAUGAUCCUGCUCCUCCUUCUGUUCGCCCUGACCCUGGGUGCUGUGUCUCCUUCAGAUGGACCUGAGGUCAAGCUGCAGCAAGGACACUGUGAGAUGGCCUGGUUCAAAUUCAACAACCGCUACUACAAGUAUGUGGCCAGACAGAUGACCUAUGCUAAGGCAGAACUCAACUGUUUGUCAGAGGGAGCCAACCUGGUGUCUAUCCACAGUCUGGAUGAACAUGAUUUCGUCCAAACACUGAUCGAGAAGUUUGACCAUGCCAAUGGAAGAACUUGGAUUGGACUCAGCGACCUCCAAGAAGAAGGCAGCUGGAUGUGGUCUGAUGGUUGUCCGGCUAGAUUUUUCCUUUGGUCCAGAACAGAGCCAAACAACAGUGGAGGACGUGAAGACUGUGUUGAAAAGAACCGUCACCCAGAUAAGAAAUGGAAUGAUCAGCCUUGUAGCGAACGUAUUCCCUCUGUUUGUGCAUCUCGCAUAAUGUGUCCUCAGUGAUUGUUAAGUCUGAUUUAACCUAGUCACUGAUCACCAGAUGCUUGUUGAUGUGAAAUAGUGCUCAGCAAUAAAGAUACAAAUGCAAACUC